AUUCAGCACUGUGUUUGUGUUUAGCCUCAGAACAGACACUUCAUUGCUCAGGUAAGAACACCUGGCCUGUAGAGACACACUCAGAGCCAAGGCAUAGACACUGUGAGGAGAGAAAAUGGCAUCUUGCAAGCUCAGUAUGGACCCAGAAAAUGGAUUCCUCACGUCAGAUGAAGAAGAGGAAGAAUCUGCCUGCUGUAAGGCACAGAGUCAGUCAGCUCUGCGGAUUGUGCUCAUGGGGGUGAGGUGGGCAGGGAAAAGUUCAGCUGGAAACAUCAUUUUGGGCAGAGAGGAGUUUGACUCCAAGGUAGGCACUGUGCGUUGUGUGAGGAGACAGGGUGAAACAGCUGGAAGGCAGCUCGUUGUGGUGGACACAUCAGGCUGGGUGUGGCAUUCAGCCCAAGACACUGCAGCAAGAGUUGAGCAGGAAAUAGCCAGCAGUGUUUCACUAUGCCACCCUGGUCCGCAUGCUAUCCUCCUAGUUAUCCCCACAGGGUCACCGGGAAAAGGGUACAAGCAAGCAGUGAGGAAACACUUAGAGCUUCUUAGUGAGCGGGUCUGCAACCACACCAUCGUGCUGUUCACCCAGGGAGACACCACAGAUCAGCACAUCGAGAAGGGAGGGAAGAGCCUCCAGCUGCUCUUAGAAAAGUAUUGA